GUCGCAAAACGCUGAAAUCCUGUGAAGCAGAGACGUUGAGACGAACCCGACGCGCGAUAUCGGACCAAAAUCUCAAGCCAUCAAUUUUCUGAGCUGCUGCAAUUGACGAGGCGAGCUGAACGUUGGAUACACAUACCCCGAGACACGCGAACCAGUCAUGGACCCGCAGAAUCCCUCCCAGGCGCCCCACGGGCAGCAGCCCCGGCAGAUGCCCGCCUACGACCUCAGCCUAGGCGGCCACUAUGGCGCCAGCGCAGCAAUCUCCGCCCAAGGCUUUGCCCCGUCCGAGUUAUACACAGGAACAUGGGCGAACGUUCACCAGGGCCUGAACGGGUCUUACAAAGACAUCCUCACAGCGUACUGGCAGCAAAUGAUCACACACCUCGAAACCGACCAGCAUGACUACAAGAUGCACCAAUUACCACUGGCGCGGAUAAAGAAGGUGAUGAAGGCCGACCCGGAGGUCAAGAUGAUUUCGGCCGAGGCGCCCAUCCUGUUUGCCAAGGGCUGCGACAUCUUCAUCACCGAACUUACCAUGAGGGCGUGGAUCCACGCCGAGGAGAACAAGCGGCGGACGCUCCAGCGGUCUGACAUCGCCUCGGCCCUCGCAAAAUCCGACAUGUUUGACUUCCUCAUCGACAUUGUGCCGCGCGAGGAGGCCUCGACCCACGCAAAGCGUGCGAGCAACCAAGCCGCUGCUGCUCAAGCGGCCCCGGCGCAGCCCCAAAUUCCCGGCGUCGGCGCGCCGAACCAUGGCGGCCAGCACCCCAUGACGGCCGAUUACACACUUGGCGGCCAACACAUGGCCCCUGAAGCCGACUACCGUCAACCCCAGACCAUGUACCCGGGCCAGGUACAAGCCGGGGGACCUGCGUACGGUCAGCCCCAAGCGCAGAUGUACAACGUUGAUGACAUGUACGCCUACGGCACCAUGCCGCCACCCCAGAGCACUUAGGAGGAUGCUCAGGUGAAGACGGAGCAUGAUGCGGCGUCAGGGAGCGACCCAGAAGUGAAACGCGAAGACAGCCCCCUUACCCUUUAGGAUGCGGCGGGGGCUCGAACGGACGUC